UGGCCUGCUCCAGGAAGCCGAAUGAAGGUUUCUUCCAGUUGUUUGCAUAGCUCUGUUGCUGAAGCACCUCUCUUCGUGGGUGAAUGUUCAUGAAACCCUUUCUUGAACUAGCUUAGGAGGUGAAGGCCUCUUGGAGCCUGUGACAUGGAAGCUUUGGAAGUGGAUGAUAUCAGCCCGGCCUUAGAAGUUACCGAGGAAUUCUUUAGUACUUUGGACAGCAAGCUAGAAAAGGCUGUGCAGCAUGCAGAGGUUUAUGGGAUCCAGGAAGUCCCUGAACUGGUGGGGCACGAGGUACUCAGCAACCUAACAGGCAAUGGUGCUAUGGGAAAUGUUCCCUCGCUGGGCAAGGGGGGCAUGAUUUGGGACCACUGUAAGAGCAGGCUCUUAGAAACCAAAGCUCAAAAUGUCUUCCCUGCCAAAGAACAGUUUAUGGUCCAGAGAGGGACCACCCCAGAUAACCUCUCCUGGAUGGAACAAAAGGAAGCGUCAACCUUUAAUUUUUUCAAUAUCUGUCAGCGUCGGAGGGACAGACCUCGUUCUGUGAAUGACUUACUGGAUGAGACCUCCUCUACUUUCAAGCCCGGGCAUGCUCGAUCGAGAUCAGACAUCACCCACGUGGACUGGAGGGCAGUCCUCACAACCGCGCCUUUGCAGCCGCAGCAGCAGCCGUCUGUUCAAGGGCCUCGCUUCACCAGGCCGUCUUUUCUGUUGCCCUCACCAAAUAAGGUGGAAGAUGCUCAAGGAAACACUGAACACAAACAGACAUUCCCAAACAUUCUCAAGAAGGGUUACCUGGAGAUUAGGAAAGACCACGACAGUUAUUGGCAAAGCUGUUACGCAGAACUUUCACCCUACAACCUAUACUUUUACAGCCUUGACAACAGUGGGAAUCAAAAUCUCUAUGCCACGUACCAGCUUUCACACUUCCAGAGCAUAUCUGUUUUGGGCAAUCUUGAGGCCAGGAUGGUGGAUACUGUUCUGUAUGACAACACUCAGCUACAGCUUAAGGCAGAGUCACCGUGGGAAGCUUUGGACUGGGGGCAGAAGCUCUGGGAAGUCGUACAUGCUGCCGUGCCUGGUUACGUGGGACGGCACGAUGAGCUAGCAAACUCACCUGGGCUUGGUCAUCAUGUUGACUGUACACAGAAUCAUUGUUUACAGAAGAAAUCCAGUGGGCUGCUGCCACCGUCCCCAGUCCUGGAUAGCCCCAAACAGUACCAAAACAUCCUCAAAUCAGGGACUCUCUACAGGCUGACUGUCCAAAACAACUGGAAGGCAUUUUCAUUUGUGCUGAGCAGGGCCUACCUUAUGGCUUUUCAGCCUGGCAAGCUAGAUGAGGAUCCACUGUUGAGCUACAAUGUGGACGUGUGUCUAGCUGUCCAGAUGGACAACCUGGAUGGCUGUGACUCUUGCUUUCAAGUCAUUUUCCCCCAAGAUGUCCUCCGUCUCCGAGCUGAGACCCGGCAGAGGGCUCAGGAAUGGAUGGAGGCUCUGAAAACAGCUGCCAAUGCGGCGAGGAGUUCAGAUCAAAACCUGCAAGUGACAUUGAGGAACAAACCCAAGGAGCAGAUGGGUGGGCAUGAACUCAGGAAGAACAAACGCCAGUCCGUGACCACUAGCUUCCUGAGCAUUCUGACGACUUUGUCUUUGGAACGAGGACUCACUGCUCAGAGUUUCAAAUGUGCAGGGUGCCAGCGAGCCAUAGGUCUUUCCAACGGGAAAGCCAAGGUGUGCAAUUACAGUGGGUGGUAUUACUGCAGCACCUGCCACGUGGACGACAGCUUUCUCAUCCCGGCUCGCAUCGUCCACAACUGGGAUACUUCGAAAUAUAAGGUAGCAAAGCAGGCCAAAGAGUUUCUGGAGUACGUGUACGAGGAGCCCCUGAUCGACAUCCAGCAGGAGAACCCCAUGCUGUACCACCACGCCGAGCCGCUGGCCGCCGUGGUGCGGCUGCGGCAGCGGCUGAAAUCGCUCCGAGCCUAUUUAUUCAGCUGCCGGGCAGCCGUGGCCGAGGAUCUGCGCCGCAGAAUUUUCCCCAGAGAAUACCUCCUUCAACAGAUCCACCUGUAUUCCCUCGCCGACCUGCAGCAGGUGAUAGAGGGAAAGCUGGCUCCAUUCUUGGGCAAGGUCAUUAAAUUUGCCACUGCACAUGUGUACAGCUGCAGUCUUUGUAGCCAGAAGGGGUUCAUCUGCGAAAUCUGUAACAAUGGAGAGAUCCUCUACCCUUUUGAGGAUAUUUCAACGAGCAGGUGUGAAAGCUGUGGAGCCGUUUUCCAUUCUGAAUGCAAAGAAAAGUCUGUCCCCUGCCCGAGGUGUGUCCGCCGAGAGCUGCAGAAGAAGCAGAAGUCUUUCUGGCAGAGGCUGAACAUGGACGAGAGUCUGGAGGAGGCCUGCACCAUGUUCGAGCUGUCGUACCAGAACACCUGACGCGGGCAGCCCCGGACACCAGGGAUUCACUGAUCAGCGACCCCUCGGCCCCAGAGUGGC